AUGUUCCAAUUCACUAAGGCACGCGACGCAGGAUUAUGGGCCCCCUUUCUCGCAUCUCUCAGUAAAUAUGGAGCCAUGACCACCCUUCGCAUGGGCUCCCAAACUUGGGUAGUACUGAACGAGCCCCAAGUCGUUACCGACCUCAUCAACAAACAUGGAAAAAUCACUAAUGAACGUCCCGAGAUGCCCAUCGCUGGCGACUUGGUCAGUCACGGAAUGCGAACUGUGAUUCGUCCGACCGCAUCCUGGACGGAAGGACGCAGGGUAAUGCACCAUCUCCUCAGCGGCUCCGUGCUGCGCAUCUACGGGAACUGGCAAGAGAUCGAAUCCCUCCAACUGCUUUCGGCCUACCUGGAUGAUCCCAAAAGAUGGUACGCGCAUCAUUAUCGGUAUUCCAUUGCUGUGUUGUACCGCCUUGUCAUGGGAGAGAAUCUGGACAAGACACAAGCCGAGCUAGAUGACUACCAGCAGGUCACCAUGGAAUUUACCUGGAGUCUGCUCCGCAAUUUUGUCGAUUAUUUCCCGCAGUUCAACCACUGGGUCCCUACUGCCCUGCAGUGGUGGCGGCCUGCAUGGGCAAAAAUGGGUGACUUCCACCACCGAGUGUUCAAGGACUGGUGGGAUCCAAUCCGGAAUGCCGUUGAAAAGGGCACAGCCAAGCCCGGGUUCGUUAGAGACACGCUCCUUCACCCAGAGAUGCGGUAUAAGGGGUCGGAAGAGGAAGCCAUGUACUUGGCUACCUCUGUCAUUGCUGCUGGAAGUGACAACACACGUAUGACGCUCAACACUUUCCUCAUGGCUAUGAUCAGCAACCCGGAGAUACUGUCGCGAGCUCGCAAAGAGAUGGACGCAGUGUGCGUGGGAGAGGACGGGACACUGCGUUUACCCGGUAUGGCUGAUCUAGAGCAACUGCCCUACCUUGCAGCCAUGGUGAAAGAGGUUCUGCGCUGGCGGCCUACCACGCCGAUUACACCGCAGCAUCAAUUGACUGAAGAUCUCGAGUACGAGGGUUAUUAUUUUCCGAAAGGGACAUGCUUCGUGAUAAACGGAAUUGCGUUGAGUCAACAGUGCGAUGAGCCUGAUCGGUUCGACCCGUCGCGCUGGCUGGAUGGAAAUGAGGGGAACAUUACCCAUGGGCUGUGGGCUUUUGGAGGUGGAAGGCGUGUUUGUGUUGGUUACAGAGUCGCGCAGCAAGCCUUGUACGUUGCGAUGGCGAGGAUCGUUUUUUGUUUUGACUUGACACCAGUUGGACCUGUCAACACCCGGAAACUCAAUCACUUCUCGCUUGAUAAACAGCCCUUUCCAGCGAAGGUCACUGUGCGCAGCUCUGGACAUGAAAAGCUGAUUCAACAAGAAGCAGCGAAGGCAGGGAACCUUUUUUGA